AUGGAUGGCCAAGGGGAUCGUCCAUCUUUCGACAUAGCCAUCGUGGGCGCAGGCGUUGUGGGCGUCCACGUCGCGAUUGGCCUUCUAGACCGAGGCAUUCCUUUUACUAUAUACGAACAAUCAGCCGAAUUGACAGAGAUGGGGGCUGGCAUCACAAUCACUUCCACCAUUGCCCAAUCCUUGGCAGCUUUGCACCCUGAAGCUACACAAUAUUUACUCAAAGUCUCAAAAUUGAUGAGCAACAUCAACUUGGUCAAUGGUUCCAGGGACGAUCUAAGCCUUCGCCCCUCAGAUCAGCUGUACGAUCUAGUGAUCUCGCCGUACGAAUUCCAUGCGGCUCACCGUGCUAAACUGGUAGAGGGGUUGCUUCAGCUUAUUCCCAAAGAGCGUAUCAAGCUAGGAAAGCGCAUAGAGUCAAUUGUUGAGAGGGGAGAUGAUGAGAAACUUCUCCUUCAGUUUGCUGAUGGUACUACAGCUGAGGCCGACGCAGUUAUUGGAUGCGAUGGUAUCAAGUCUCGUGUUCGACAAAUUGUCGGAGGCUCAGACAAUCCAUCAUCCUUCGCCCAUUACUCUAACAUGAGUGCUUACCGCGGCCUAAUCACCAUGGACAAAGCCACAGCAGCCCUAGGCCAACUUGUUAAAGACCCCGUUUGGUAUUUGGGUCAAGGCGCGUCCAUGGUAACGUACGCAAUUCUCGGCCCAGGGGGCAUCCCAUUCCUUAACGUGGUGGCUUAUGUGCACGAUGAACAAGACUCGCUCAGCUUGGACAGCUUAGUGUCUGAGGGAAACAAAGAAGAUGUUGAGGCGGCCUUUUCCCAGUUUGGAUCUUGUGUGAAGGACGUGAUUAAAGCCUUGCCGGAUAAGCUCAACCGCUGGGCUCUAUUUGACAGUUACGUCCACCCACUCCCGUCCUAUGCCUAUGGGCGUACAGUCCUCGCAGGAGACGCUGCUCAUCCGUCAACGCCUCAUAUUGGAUCAGGAGCUGGUAUGGGUAUUGAAGAGGCAUUGAUCCUAGCGGAACUCCUAAAAUCAGCUACAGAGCGCUUAGGUGCGUCCGAAGGCUCUACAACCAGGCGGAAAUUACUCGAGGCGGCUUUCAAGGCAUAUAGUGAUAUUCGACGACCAAGAACACAGUGGAUAGUUGCCCAGAGUCGCACCAUAGGAAUCAUGUCGCAGGGCCGCCACGAGGAGAUGGGAACCGAUUUUGACAAUUAUGGCAUAUAUCUCAGAGAAAAGAUAGGCAAACUCCAGGCCUAUGAUUGGAAAGACUCGAUCAGACAAGCUAUUGAUCAAUUUGAGCGCGAAUUAGGGGCUUCUGUUUGA